AUGGCCGCGCGCCCCGGGCCCCUGUGGCUCCUUGGCCUGGCACUUUGCGCGCUCAGUGGCGGCGGCCCCAGCCCGCACCCCCCGGCCGGCUGCCCACAGCGCCGCCUAGGUCCGCGCGAGCGCCGCGACCUGCAGCGCGAGAUCCUGGCGGUGCUUGGGCUGCCCGGGCGACCCCGGCCCCGCGCACCUCCUGCCGCCGCCCAGCUGCCCACGUCCGCGCCGCUCUUCAUGUUGGACCUCUACCACGCCAUGGCCGGAGGUGACGACGAGGACGGCGGUCCCCGAGAGCGGGGCCUGGGCCGCGCCGACCUGGUCAUGAGCUUCGUGAACAUGGUGGAGCUCGACCGCGCCCUGGGCCACCAGGAACCCCACUGGAAGGAGUUCCUCUUUGACCUGACCCAGAUCCCGGCGGGGGAGACGGUCACCGCCGCUGAGUUCCGGAUUUACAAGCUGCCCAGCACCCACCCGCUCAACAGGACCCUGCACGUCAGCAUGUUCGAGGUGGUCAGGGAGCAAGCCAACAGGGAGUCUGACUUGUUCUUUUUGGAUCUUCAGACGCUCCGAGCUGAGGACGAAGGCUGGCUGGUGUUGGACGUGACAGCAGCCAGUGACCGCUGGUUGUUGAACCGUAACAAGGACCUGGGACUCCGCCUCUUUGUGGAAACAGAGGACGGGCGCAGCGUGGAUCCUGGCCUGGCCGGUCUGCUGGGGCGACGGGCGCCGCGCUCCAAACAGCCUUUCAUGGUCACUUUUUUCAGGGAGAGCCCCAACCCCACCCGAGUCCCUCGGGCAGUGAGGUCCCUGAGACGGAGGCUGCCCAAGAAAAGCAACGAGCUGCCGCAGCCGAACAAGCUCCCGGGGAUCUUCGAUGACGCCCACGGCUCCCACGGCCGGCAGGUCUGCCGUCGGCACGAGCUCUAUGUCAGCUUCCAGGACCUCGGCUGGCUGGACUGGGUCAUUGCCCCCCAAGGCUACUCGGCCUAUUACUGUGAAGGGGAGUGCUCCUUCCCGCUGGACUCCUGCAUGAACGCCACCAACCACGCCAUCGUGCAGUCCCUGGUGCACCUGAUGAAGCCAGACGCAGUCCCCAAGGCGUGCUGCGCGCCCACCAAGCUGAGCGCCACCUCCGUGCUCUACUACGACAGCAGCAACAACGUCAUCCUGCGCAAACACCGCAACAUGGUGGUCAAGGCCUGUGGCUGCCACUGAGGCCCCGCCCCCGGCCGCUGCAGUGCCUCUCAGCUGGACCAGCCCCUCUCCGGAGACUGAGACCCUCAAAUGCCACUGUAGCUCUGGUGGGGUGGAAGGUAGGGCUCCGGUGUCUCUGCUCACAUACCGACAGCGUCUGAUUGGUCCUCUCCAGGCCCCACUGCCCUUUCCCCGGUGUCUGUGGUUUGUCCCACCCCACCCUGUAGGGUGUGCCGGCUGCGCUGGCAGCACUCAGCACAGAAGGUCUAGCUUAGGACCUGUCCUUGGCCAUCCUGCCCGUCCUGUGGGCAGCCCAUGCUGGUCUGAAGAGAACCUGGAUUCCUAGGCUGGUUGGUUGGCUUUGCAUCACUCACCACAGGGUUCAGGUGUGGGAGCGGAGUCUGCCCCUCCCUGGGGCAACACUGGGCAUUUCCCGAGCUUAGGCGGACACGCACAUGCCUUCAGGACGGCGUCUUGCUGGGCUCCUGGCUUGGCCCGCCAGCAGCUAGCACAUUAGGAAAAGAACCGGCUGGAUGGCUUCAUGCCCGGGGCCCGCCCUCCCCCUGCCUGGGAAGAGGUGGAACCGCUGGGGCUCAGCACUGAGACAGAGGCGACUCUUGGGAGAAGCAAGGGCAGAAGGUGCAGAGAGUGGUCCUGCAGACCCCCAGCACAGGGUCACCACCGCCCAGCCUCUUGCCCCCGGCCAUCGGUAACCAUCUGGGUGCUUUUCCCGGUAAACCCACAGGGUUGUGAGACCUUCAACACAAAACUUUCGCAGCCACCAGCUGUUCACGUUGAAAUCAACUGGUUUCCUGCCCCUCCCACACUAAGGGGCAAUCCGUCCCACCAGAGCAGAGUGCUGGGCUACCUCUGGCCAGGCACGGGGCAAGGGUGGCCACUGUCAAUGUCCCCUAUAGUCUAGAAAGUAAGAACAGAUGGGCCGCCCUAUGUGCCCGAGUCCUGUCCUGUUUCUUUGAGCCUCUCAGCCUAAAGAAAAGGCCCCGUCCCAGGGGAGUGACAGGCAGUAAUUAGGAUGAGCUGGGUGGGGAGGUUCCCGGAAACCACUGUUCUCCUCGGAGCAGCAGAGGCAGUUGGGUGUUUAUUUGAUUUCUGACUUGCUAAACCUGUGAUUUACCUGCUGGACCAGACAGAGUCCAGCUGCCCAAACCCUGAAAUACUGUGUCAUUAAUAGCAGACCCUGGGUCUGCACCAACCCACAGGCACGGCCCACAGCGGCAGAACGACCUGUGUGUGCAAGGACACACAUCCCAGGGGUUCACUUUGCACCCUGAGGACAGGCUCUGGGAGAGCAGGCCUGGAGCAGGGGGAGCCGGAGGCUGGGGCCAUGCUGCAGGACAGCGGCCUCCACACCUGGACCUGGGAGGGGUGCUGGGAGCGAGUGCGGAAAACAAGUGCGGAGAAGACAGCCUCUGUGUGUGCACAGAGGACGGGCCCAGACCGCCUAGGAGAUGGGGAGUCCCGUUAGCCUGGGGCUUCGAGCUAGGGCUGGCAGGGAUUGGACCAGGCACUGGUGGGAAUGCCAGGAACACGCACUCUGGUUUCAGCUCAGCCACUGACCUGCUUGCUGUCUGGCCCAGGCUGCUUGCUGGCCCAGCCUUCAGUUUCCACCUGUGGUGCACACACAGGACUCGCUCAUCUCCAGAGGCCGUUUGAGCCAGAGGCUGUGCCGCCCGAUGCUUCCCUCAGAGCCCAGUGCCCAGCCGCUGCAGGGUGUGAAACCUGCCGUUUCAGGACCUCACCUAACAGCCCUCUUCCACCAGCAUCAGGAAGCUCCCGAUACCCGUCAGUGUUUGUCUCUCCCACGCCCGGCAGGUAACCAGCAUGGUUUGGGGGUACCAGGAAAGGGUGUGAAAUGAGUGUUUUAAGGAUGCAAACUGCCCCGCCCACUGGUGGGCGGUAAAGCUGAAAGUACAGCGGUCUUGGUCUUCCCAAGACUUCCAGCACCUUCAGCCAUCCUGGCGGCCACUGUACAAAACCCAGCAGGAAAGGCCGGGAGAAGGGAGAGCCUCACGGUCACAAAGCCCACGAAGCGGCGGUGUGCAGUCCCCAAGGCCGCCUCAUUUAUCCGGUUACCCGGCAGCCCAGGUUACAUUCAAGGCUGCGCAGCAGAAGCAUGAAUAAGGGCGGUCGACUCAGGGCCACCCACAGCCAAGUAAACGCCGACAUGAAGGGAGCGCAAAGCCGUUCAGCACGGAGCCAACUGCUCUGCCCUCAGCAGCCCCACCACACUUCACGGGCAGACGCGGCCCUGGCCCUGAUGCCGGCUCAUCGGUUCCUCGGGCAAGGCCCUAUGCUGCUGUCUCUGCAGGAAGGGAAGUGGGUAAUACGCUCCAAGAAAUUCCCUACGAAUUCACAGGGGAGGAGGCUGUGACCAGGAGCGAGCGAGCGGGCUUUGCAGCCGGCAGACCUGGCAUCGAGUCCUGGCUCUACCUCUUGUUGAUUUGACUGCGUGACGUAACCUGACUUAGAAGGCCCUGCCCGUGUAGAAAGGGGUAUUGCUUCCGCCCUUGCAAGGCCAAGAUGGGGAUCAAGUCUGUCCACAGAGCACUUGGCGCCGUGUCUGAACUUGUGUGGAAUGAGUAGCAGCUAUCAGUGACAGCACUUUGAAACAGUUUGCAAAUGUGGCCACCUCCUGUGCGGUGGCUGGUGUGACCUGCAGGGGGCGCCACUCGUGGGAAGCUGAAGGGAGAAACUCUGGAGCUUCUCUUGUUCCUGGGAGCCUUGAGCAACCAUUUGACUCUGUUUUUUCCUCACUUAAGAAAAUUACAUGUAUGGUGCAGGAAUGUUUGAAAAUAAAAAACCAUACAGACACGCAUAACCCCACCAGAGACAGAACCACUGU